AUGCAUAAGGAUCAAUCAUGUCCCCACACGCAUCGUUAUUACGAUACUCUUAUGAGAACAACGUCAAUAGCAUUAAAAAAGCCCAAAACAGAUUUUAGUGUACGAAGAUUAAUUGGUAGUAUCGUUGAAAAUGAUACAAAUGCUGAAGACACAACAAAUUCAGCGUCAAGUAGUCCCUCAAAAUCAAGUAAUGGAAGUGUACAAUACUCGCCGACAUUCAAAUCAUCUCCACAACCAAGGGUAUCGUGGCCUGUAGUGAAUACAAAUCAGACAUGGUUACCAGAUGCUGAAAUUAUUGAUAAAGCGAGAAAUAACGAAUUGCCAAAAAUAAAUGCAAAAGCUUGUACAUUACGUAAACACAAAAGUAAUCGUAAACCACGGACACCAUUUACUACGUCACAAUUGCUAGCUUUAGAACGAAAAUUUUGUGGAAAACAAUAUUUAACAAUAGCUGAACGAGCUGAAUUUUCAGCAUCAUUGAACCUGACAGAAACCCAAGUAAAGAUAUGGUUUCAAAAUCGUCGUGCAAAAGCCAAACGUGUAGCGGAAGCCGAUGCUGAAAAGUAUCGUUUUAUGAAACAUCCACUAGCUGUAGCAGCUGCUGCAGCAGCAUUUCAUCAUCCACUAUAUAAUUUCAUUUCGCCAAGAAACUUAACAUGUUCCUAA